AAAGCGACAGCGCGAGAAGAGGCGGGAGGGAGGGGGAAAGGGCGAGAGGAGGCGAUAAGUGCGCGUGCGCACUGCGGGCUGGGUUGCAGCAGGCAGCGGCGGCGGCGGCGGUUGAGCUCGCGGGCGGUUUCCAUAACAUCUGUUCCACCAUGGCUGAUGACCUAGACUUCGAGACCGGCGAUGCCGGGGCCUCCGCGACCUUCCCCAUGCAGUGCUCUGCUCUCCGCAAGAACGGCUUUGUGGUGCUCAAAGGGCGUCCCUGCAAGAUUGUGGAGAUGUCCACUUCCAAAACCGGCAAGCACGGUCAUGCCAAAGUGCACCUUGUUGGCAUAGACAUCUUCACCGGGAAAAAAUAUGAAGAUAUCUGCCCUUCCACCCACAACAUGGAUGUGCCCAACAUUAAGAGAAAUGACUUCCAGCUUAUUGGGAUCCAGGAUGGGUACCUCUCCCUGCUCCAGGACAGCGGGGAAGUCCGGGAGGAUUUACGCCUUCCCGAGGGAGACCUGGGCAAGGAGAUUGAACAGAAAUAUGACUGUGGCGAAGAAAUCCUGAUCACCGUACUGUCUGCAAUGACCGAGGAAGCUGCAGUUGCUAUCAAGGCCAUGGCUAAAUAAAGGAACCACAGGGCAGCAGUUUCAACUUGUUAUGAACCAGAGAGGAUCGCAACCCGCAGACUGUCAGAUUUGGCUCCAAACCACCCAAAUCUCUCUCUCUUUUUUUUCUUCCCCCCCUCCUCUAAAAAGCAAAAAAAGGACAAAAAAGCAAAACCCUCCCACACCCACUCACUCCCUUUUGAAUUAAAACAAAAGAAAAGAAACUUUUUUGUGGUCUUUUUAAAAGCAGAAAAGCUGGACGCUUAAUUGUAUUCCUUUUGUUAUGAUUUCACUUGUUUUGGUCCCCCCCUCGCCCCGGUCCUCCCAGUCCCCCUCCCCUCUCUCGGGUGCUAGUAACACUACAGUUGUUUUCUGGCAAGAGAAGUUGAGAAUUUGCACUUAAGAAAAGGAAGAAAAAAAAGAAUAAUAUUUAAACGGCUAGAAGGAGGGGGGGAAAUUGCAGGAGACUCUUGUUGAUUUUUUCUCUCUCUCUCUCUCUCUCAAGUUUUAAUGCUUUCUGUUAAGAUUGGUGGCGGCGCUGAGGAGGGAGCUGCCUCCCCCCCCCCCCAGAACAACAAACUGAGCAAAAAUUAUAAAAAAUUUACCAUUGCGAAUUGUGAAGAGUCGCACUCUUAACCCUGUCAAAUGUGUUUGUUCUCGUGAGCGUUUUCUGUUGAGGGGAGGGGACGCCCCCCCCUCCGCAUAGUGGUGGUUGCGGCAAUUCGGUAAAUUCUUUUGGGACGGCAUCCUUGUGCUUUGGAGGUUAACCCAUUAAAUGUGGUUUUUUUGUGGGGGCGGCGGCGGCGGGAUCACUGCUCUAGUUGCUGAGCUUGCUUAAAACUCCCUUCUUUAACCCCUUCCCUUCUAGAGCACAGAAGCCCCCCCCCCCCAGAUCUGGAAGUGGGGGGCAGGCGGUGUUCCUGCCAAAGGCAUGGAACUCUGCCCUCCCCCCGAAAUGGGAGGAGAAACCCGCUCGCGGCUGCCUGGCGAAUGACACACUUCUCUCUUUUUUUUGCCCCUCGCCCUCAUCCCACCUGGGCUCUGAUCCCUGUCAAUCAUGUUCAAGGACACCCCCCCCCUUUCCCUGGCAACCAGUGCUGUCGCUGCCUCCCUUCUGUCCUUGGAGCUAGCUAGAAAGUCUCUAGCACGCCCCCCCUUUCCGCCUCAAGCCCUUUUCCCCAGGCUGGGUAACUGCGCAUCCCCCACCUACGAGCUGUUCAGGGUAAGGGGGUCUUCUGGGGUAGGUAACAAACUAGCCCCCACCCCACCCGCUGCCCAUUUCCUUGGUUCAUAUUUACUCCCUUCUGCUGUUCACAGGUCAGCGCUGUGGCCUCCUCCUCCCUCUCCCCCUGUUAAUCCAACACAUUUGUUAAUCAACCUCAAUAAAAAAAACAAGUUUAAUAUGAAAAA